AUGUCUUGGCAAUCCUCUCCGCGCGCACGAGUACCGGGGGCAGUCGUUGUGGCAGCAGCACUGGCGAUGUCGACCAUCAUCACCCUGACGUUUUGUUUGCGGUUGUCGCUGGUGACCGCAACCUUGCAGACACCAUUGCCACUGCCCACCGCCGCCAGCACAGCCAACGAAGAGGCCACCAUCCAGAUUCUUGGCCACCAUCUUGAACCCACCCAUCCCCGCCUCUUCGCCAACACGUCUAAAUGGGCCUCCCUUCCGGACCAAAUAGCAGGUGAUGGAUACCUUUCAAGGUGGAACAGAACCAUCUUCCGCCAAGCCGACGAGAUGCUCUCUUUACCUCCCCCAGACUACCAAAAAGACGGAACGAGUGGGAUCCUCGACAUCGCGAGGACGGUCCAGCUCAGGAUCAAACACUGGGCUUACGCCUACCGGUUGACCAACGACCCCAAGUGGAAAGAUCGCAUUUGGAAAGAAAUCGUCCACACAGCCGGGAACUCUACCGGUGCUUCGUUUGGGACGCAAGGCGACAGCUGGAACACGGAUCAUUGGCUGGAUGUAGGCGAGUUUCUGGUCGCGUUUGGGAUUGCGUAUGACUGGCUUUAUGACGCAUGGACAGCUGAGGAGAGAGAGGGGAUAAGAUGGAGUGUUGUCGAUUUAGGCCUGAGAAAGGGGCUGGAGAGUUUUGAGAGGAAGGAGUGGUUUCUGGGGGUGACGGGGAACUGGAACUGUGUUACUGCGGGUGGGAUGAUUGUGGGGGCGUUGGCGGUGUUGGAGGAUGACACCAGUGGUGUGGCGAGAAGCUUGUUGGGGAGGGCGGUGGAAAACGCAGAGCAGCACUGCGGCAAGAGUGUUGACGAGAGCGGGACGUGGGCUGAGACGCCGGAUUAUUGGCAUUUUGGGACGCAGGCGCAUGCACAGCUUUCGUCGGGGUUGUUAACAUCGUUGGGGAGCACCUUUGGGAUGUUGGACAGCCAUCCCAAGUUUCGGGAGACGGGCAUGUUUCAUAUUCAUAAUAUGGGGAUGACGGAGAAGUUCAAUUAUGGGGAUUGCGGUCCGUCCAAGAUCACUGCUACGGCGAAUUCGCUAUUCUUUUAUGGGAGGGAGUACGGCAUUCCUGAGUAUGGUUUGUUUCAGAGGGACAGGCCUGAUGCGGCUGAUCCGUUGUCAAUGCUCUGGUAUGAUUCUUCUCUCAAGGGGGAAUGGCACGAUCAUCUGCCUCUGGACAAGGCUUUCUCCGACCCCAGGGGCGCCUGGGUAUCACUGAGAUCUUCCUGGACGGAUUCUAAUGGUGUCUUUGUCGCCAUGAAAGGAGGAAAGAUGACCGGACACGCCACACAUGGCAACCUUGAUGCCGGUGAUUUCGUUCUGGACGCCUUGGGAGAACGAUGGGCGACAGAGCUAUGCCAAGACAGCUACGAUGCUCCUGGUUACUUUUCGAGUGAAGAUCAGGACAGUGUCCGAUGGGACUACUACCGCUGCGGUACAGCUGGUCAAAACACGAUUGUCCACAACAACUCAAACCAGGUUGUUGACGCUGAGCCAACAAUGAAGUUUGAGAGCACUCUGGUCACUCAGAAGACCAAGGGCAAGACCGACGCUGGCGGUUUUUGGAUUGCGGAUCUAACCCAGGCAUAUGACGGCAUGAGCAUCAAGCGUGGGGUUCGAUUGCUCCCAGAGCGGAGUAAGUCUUUCGUACUACCAAGCCAGUUCGGUCACCCAAGCUGCAUCCUCUCUCAGGUGGCCGAGAAGACCUACCGAACCCCGGGGUCAGUGUUCUGGCUGUUGAUCUUCCGCCAGGCAGUUUGA